AUGGCCCUAAACCCCAAUCCAAAUGGCUUCGAACCAGAGGGCAAGAACCACACUCAGUUGGACACCUACGUCAAUGGUAAAUUAACUGAAUACCGCGAAGGAAAUGACACCAUUCUGUGGGCAAUGUUCAUACAAGACUUUAGUAAAUGGACUUUAGAUAAUCUCAAAAAGCUUAUCAUGCUACUUAAGAGCCACAGUGUGUACGUGGACGAGAUGAAUGAGCACCUAGUUGCAUAG